ACAGACAGAGAGAGACAGAGAGUGAGACGCAUUUCCAGACCAGCUUGCAUGGGGUAGCUAGAAAGGCUGGAACUGUAGUGGAGGCUUCACCCUGUGCGUUAUAAUAAACUACUGACAUGGUGAGGUCUCGUAUGGAGGUCUGGUGUACAUUUAUAAUAAACUACUGACAUGGUGAGUAUAUAUAAUAUGACAGACUACAACAGCAUAAAACAGACUAAUAAACAUUACCUACACUUCUCUAUAAAUAUAACCAUAUACAUACUGUAGCCUAUUCAUUCACAUGCAGUUAUUUUCUGUAGCUUGGUACUACAGCCUGAACAUGUAAUAAGAGGGAAUGUUUUCUAUUACACUACUUGCAUGGCAGGGGACUGUGUUUCUCAUUGAGAGAAAUGGAGUAGAUUCUGGGUCAGAAAUGAUCCAUCAGAGACCUGUCUGAUAUAGUUACAACAAUAUAAACUACAACCAGUGACGGCCGUCAAUAUAAACUACAACCAGAGACGGCUGUCAAGAAAGCCUACUCAGAAUAUAUCUUAUAUAUGAAGAUAUCUAGUCAGUGAUGAUGAUAUCUACUACUAGUUACAGGAGCAACCAUGAUCACCUUACUCUACCUGCUUCACCAGGUUACAGGAGCUACUAUGAUCACUUUACUCUACCUGCUUCACCAGGUUACAGGAGCUACCAUGAUCACUUUACUCUACCUGCUUCACCAGGUUACAGGAGCUACCAUGAUCACUUUACUCUACCUGCUUCACCAGGUUACAGGAGCUACCAUGAUCACCUUACUCUACCUGCUUCACCAGGUUACAGGAGCUACCAUGAUCACCUUACUCUACCUGCUUCACCAGGUUACAGGAGCUACUAUGAUCACUUUACUCUACCUGCUUCACCAAGUUACAGGAGUUACCAUGAUCACCUUACUCUACCUGCUUCACCAGGUUACAGGAGCUACCAUGAUCACCUUACUCUACCUGCUUCACCAGGUUACAGGAGCUACCAUGAUCACCUUACUCUACCUGCUUCACCAGGUUACAGGAGUUACCAUGAUCACCUUACUCUACCUGCUUCACCAGGUUACAGGAGCUACCAUGAUCACCUUACUCUACCUGCUUCACCAGGUUACAGGAGCUACCAUGAUCACUUUACUCUUCCUGUUUUACCAGGUUACAGGAGCUACUGUGAGCCUUCUGAAUGUGCUCCUGUGCAAUAAACAAUGUUAGAAAAUCUUUUGAAUUAUUUGAGCAUGUACUACCUUCACUGUUAAUACACCCAGAAGACUAUAUAUUGUUGGUGAAUAUCCGGUGAAUUUCAUGUGUAUGCUAUAACAUGGCAAAUUUUUGGUAUAUCAUGACCUUAUAACAUGUCUUUCAGCAAAAAAUAAAGAAAAAACUGAUUAAAAGGAAAAAUAUAAAUGCUUGUUUAGAACAACA